AUGACGUUGAAGGAUGGUGAAAUAUUUUGUACAUCCCCUCAUGAGUCGAAUUUUUGGUGUUUGUUGAAUGAGUUCCUGGAUACAACCAUCCUUCUCUUCGGUAUUAUGGGUAUGUUUGACUCCCGCAUGAUGCCUGUUGAUACCGACACACUGUUGGCAGUUGGGCUACUCAUCGUCACGAUUUCGGUUUCUCUUGGUACCAAUUCUGAGUUUAGUAUGAAUACCGCUUGA